GACAUACCACGCCACAAGGCGCGAAUCAUCUUUUAUCAGUUAGAGCAUCCUUCCCCUCUCGCUCUGUAUCUCAGACCGGAGAAACUUUCCGAUGGCUACGACUUCCAAGAUUCUCUUCAUCGGAGGCACCGGAUAUAUAGGAAAGUUCAUCGUCGAAGCCAGCGCCAAAGCCGGCCACCCAACCUUCGUUCUCAUCCGAGAGUCCACUCUCUCCAACCCCGCAAAAUCUCCGAUCCUUGACAAGUUCAAGGCCUUGGGCGUCAACCUAGUGCAUGGAGAUCUCUAUGAUCACCAGAGCUUGGUUAAGGCGAUAAAGGAAGUUGAUGUGGUGAUCUCCACUGUAGGUCACAUGCAGAUAGCUGAUCAAGAUAAAAUCAUUUCUGCCAUCAAAGAAGCAGGAAAUAUCAAGAGAUUCCUUCCUUCAGAGUUUGGAAAUGAUGUGGAUCGAGUUCAUGCAGUGGAACCUGCGAAAACUGCGUUUGCUAGUAAGGCCAAAAUUCGCCGAGCCACUGAGGCUGCGGGAAUUCCUUUUACUUAUGUGUCUUGCAACUUCUUCGCUGGUUAUUUCCUACCCAAUCUGUCACAGCCUGGUGCCACUGCACCUCCAAGAGAUAAAGUUGUCAUCCUGGGGGAUGGAAACCCCAAAGCUGUUUUUAACAAGGAAGACGAUAUAGGCACCUAUACAAUCAAAGCUGUGGACGACCCAAGAACCUUGAACAAAAUUCUCUACAUCAGACCCCCUCUCAACACCUACUCGUUCAACGACCUUGUAUCUCUCUGGGAGAAGAAGAUUGGCAAAACUUUGGAAAGGGUCUACGUUCCAGAGGAGCAACUCUUGAAGCAAAUUCAAGAUUCCCGUCCUCCCGCCAACGUGAUACUGUCAAUUGGGCACUCCGUGUUUGUGAAGGGAGAUCACACUAACUUCGAAAUUGAGCCAUCUUUUGGAGUGGAGGCUUCGGCUCUCUAUCCUGAUGUGAAGUACACCACUGUGGAUGAAUACCUCAAUCAGUUUGUCUGAGGGGGGGAAAAAAUUGAGCUCUCGGGUACGUGGGGAAGAAUUUACUGUUCAAAUAAUUCAUCAUGUAGCUGUAGUGAAUGGUGAUGCUGAAAGAUGCACGUUUCCCCAGUAGUUUGCUUUAUGAACAAAACAUGCGCGAAGAUAUCUGUCACUUUUAUCCUUUUUUUUUAACUACUGAUUUUUACUUUCAUCUUCAUACUUGUUUGCCGGAUAUUUCGAGGAUAUCAUUUCCAACUGGAAGAAGGGAUCUACCAAUCCCCUCGAAACAUUUUGACAGUUGCUUGGGCAUAUAUCCACCAUUCCAAUGACUCGUCAAUUUUCUGUGACAAGUAAUUUUUCAAUCAUCUCUAUGAACAUACUUAUAAUAAGUAGUUCCAAACAAUUUAAUUUA